GUGAGCGGAGAUUGCACCACUGCACUCUAGCCUGGGAGACAGAGCAAGACUCUGUCUCAAAAAAAAAGAAAGAACUCUGUGAGCAUCUCAAAUGCCACAUCCCCAUAAUGCAACCAGACCCAGUCCUCCCAGAUCUAGGGGAAGGGUCGGAGCUCAGUGGGUGAGCAAGAAAAGCCAUGUGGAAGAAGUCAGUGGCCAGAUGGCUCAAAGACAAACUCUCCCCUGCUCAGGCUUCCACCCAGACACGACACCAUGCAUCUCCUCGGCCCCUGGCUCCUGCUCCUGGUUCUAGAAUACUUGGCUUUCUCUGACUCAAGUAAAUGGAAUAUUGAUCACCCUGGAACCAUCUACGCCUGGGAGGGGGCCUGCGUCUGGGUCCCCUGCACCUACAGAGUCCUAGAUGGUGCCCUGGAAACCUUCAUCCUGUUCCACAAUCCUGAGUAUAACCAGAACAUGUCGAAGUUCGAAGGGACCAGACUCUAUGAAAGCACAAAGGAUGGGAAAGUUCCUUCAGGGCAGAAAAGGGUGCAAUUCCUGGGGAACAAGAUUAACAACAACUGCACACUGAGUAUCCACCCAGUGCACGUCAAUGACAGUGGUCAGCUGGGGCUGAGGAUGGUGUCCAAGACUGAGAAAUGGAUGGAACGAAUACACCUCAAUGUCUCCGAAAGGCCUUUUCCACCUCGUAUCCAGCUCCCCCCGAAACUUCAAGAAUCCCAGGAAGUCACUCUGACCUGCUUGCUGAAUUUCUCCUGCUAUGGGUAUCAGAUCCAAUUGCAGUGGUUACUAGAGGGGGUUCCAAUGAGGCAGGCUGCUGUCACCUCGACCUCCUUGAGCACCAAGUCUGUCUUCACCCGGAGCGAGCUCAAGUUCUUGCCACAGUGGAGUCACCAUGGGAAGAUCGUGACCUGCGAGCUUCACGAUGCGGAUGGGAAGGUCCUCUCCGAAGACACGGUGCAGCUGAACGUGAAGCACACCCCAAAGUUGACGAUCGAGGUCACUUCCAAUGAAACCAUAGUGAGGAAGGGGGACUCUGUGACCAUGACCUGCAAGGUCAACAGCAGCAACCCGGAGUACACGACGGUAUCCUGGCUCAAGGAUGGCAUCCCGCUGAAGGAGCAGAAUACGCUCACGCUAACCCUGCACGAAGUGACCAAGUCCCAGACUGGGAGGUACUGCUGUAGGGUCUCCAAUGACGUGGGCCCGGCAACGUCGGAAAAAGUGUUCCUGCAAGUGCAGUAUGCCCCGGAACCUUCCAGGGUUCAGAUCUCCCAGUCACCGGCUGUGGAGGGAAGUGAAGUCAACUUUCUUUGCAUAUCACCAGCCAAUCCUCUUCCAACAAAUUACACGUGGUACCACAAUGGCAAAGAAGUGCAGGGAAGGACAGAGAAGCAAUUCCAGAUCCAAAAGAUCCUCCCCUGGCACGCUGGGACUUAUUCCUGUGAGGCGGAAAACAUUCUUGGUAUUGGAGAGAGGGGCCCGGGAACUGAGCUGGAUGUCCAGUAUCCUCCCAAGAAGGUGACCAUGGUGAUUGAAAACCCCACGCCGAUUCGAGAAGGAGACACGGUGACCCUUUCCUGUAACUACAGUUCCAGUAACCCCAUUGUUAACCACUACGAAUGGAGACCCCGUGGCGGCUGGGAGGAGCCAUCGCUCGGGGUGCUGAAGAUCCAAAACAUUGGCUGGAACAACACAGCCGUCGCCUGCGCAGCUUGUAACAACUGGUGCUCGUGGGCCUCCCCUGUCACCCUGAAUGUCCUGUAUGCCCCCCGAGGCGUGAGGGUCCGGAAAAUCAAGCCCCUUUCUGAGAUUCACUCUGGGAACUCGGUCAGCCUCCAAUGUGACUUCUCAAGCAGCCACCCCAAAGAAGUCCAGUUCUUCUGGGAGAAAAAUGGCAGCCUUCUGGGGAAAGAAAGCCAGCUGAAUUUUGACUCCAUCUCCCCAGAAGAUGCUGGGAGUUACAGCUGCUGGGUGAACAACUCCAUAGGACAGACGGCGUCCAAGGCCUGGACACUCGAAGUGCUGUAUGCACCCAGGAGGCUGCGUGUGUCCAUGAGCCAGGGGAACCAAGUGAUGGAGGGGAAGACGGCAACCCUGAUCUGUGAGAGUGACGCCAACCCUCCCGUCUACAGCUACGCCUGGUUUGACUGGAAUAACCAAAGCCUUCCCUACUCCGGCCGGAUGCUGAGAUUGGAGCCGGUGAAGGUCCAGCACUCCGGUGCUUACUGGUGCCAGGGGACCAACAGAGUGGGCAAGGGCCAUUCGCCUCUCAUCACCCUCACCGUCUACUAUAGCCCGGAGACCAUUGGCAGGCGAGUGGCUGUGGGACUCGGGUCCUGCCUGGCCAUCCUCAUCCUGGCAAUAUGUGGAUUCAAGGUCCAGCGACGUUGGAAGAGGACACAGAGCCAGCAGGGGCUUCAGGAGAAUUCCAGUGGCCAGAGCUUCUUUGUGAGGAACAAAAAGGUUAGAAGGACCCCCCUCUCUGAAGGUCCCCACUCCCUGGGAUGCUACAAUCCGAUGAUGGAAGAUGGCAUUAGCUACGCCACCCUGCGCUUUCCCGAGACGAACACACCACGAACUGGAGAUGCAGAGACCCCAGAGAUGCAGAGACUUCCCCCAGACUGCGAUGACACAGUCACUUAUUCAGUGUUGCAGAAGCGUCAGGUGGGCGACUAUGAGAACGUCAUUCCAGAUUUUCCAGAAGAUGAGGGGAUUCAUUACUCAGAGCUGAUUCAGUUUGGGUUCGGGGAGCGGCCUCAGGCACAAGAAAAUGUGGACUAUGUGAUUGUCAAGCACUGACACCGGACGGACUGCGGCGGAGGCGCUGGGGGCAGCAGGGGCCAGAGAAGUCCCAGAGCUUCCCCAGACACCACCACAUGGCUUCCUCCUCCGCGCAUGCGCGCGCGCGCGCACACACACACACACACACACACACACACACACACACACACACCACACACAUGCUCACUGUGGAGAACCUUGUGCCUGGCUCAGAGCCAGCCUUUUCGGUGAGGGUAACCCCAACACUCCAAAUCUCCUGUCCCUGUUCUGUUCCACCCAGCUCCUUGCUACCCAGAAACCCAUCUAAACACCUGCCCUGACAUGCACACCUCCCCCUGCCCCCACCACGGCCACUGGCCACCCCCACCCCCAGCGGCUUGUGUCCCUCCUGGGAUCUGCUUGUCAUCAUUUUUCCUUCCCUUCUACAUCCCUCUGGUCCCCUACCCCUGAUCUGACAUCCCCAGUCACAAAUACUAUGCCCAGUUUCUGCCUCUGGGGGAGAGCCCAGAAAAGGACAGAAAUGAAGUAGGAAAGGGCCCCGUCCUGGCCUGGCUUCCCCUCUGGAAGUGAGGCAUUGCACAGGGAGGCAUACAUAACAGCGGCCCCCUUGACUCCAAGGACUCCGGGUUUGAGACGGACACACUGGUAUGGAUUAACAUGCCACGGAGACAGAGCUCACAAUAAAAAUGGCUCAGAUGCCACUUCAAAGAA